GCGACAUACGCAACCAGGGAUUUGCAAUAAUUAAAUAUGGCGACUGGCAGUCGAGAGUAUAAAAUAUUUCUGGGCCUGUCGGAGUUGUUUAAAGCUGCAGUGCCUUCUAGAGUCCAAGAGUCUGUUGGCUGCUUGGAACUGGCUCUCUCUGUCGCUCCAGCUCACGAGGAGGCUCGACUGCGACGAGACGCGUCUCUGCUGCUUCUCCAGCAGUUGGGAGACAAAGCAGGAGCGAAGAGACAUCUAGAGAAAGCAUAUCAAGUCCUAACGAACUGUAGCGGUGACAUACAGUGUGACGUCAUCUAUCAUCUAGCUCGUUUAUAUCAAGAGGAGGGCAAUUCCUCACUUGCUGAGUCUUUGUUAAGGAAAGGGCUAAGUGCAUUGAAGGGCUUCCCCAGAUCUCAUUUCCAGCUUCUGUUUCAGCUGGCUGAGUUGCUUUCAUACAGAGGAGACUGUGUGGGCGUAGCUACUCUUUUGGCUAGUGGAGCGCAGUAUGCUGCUCAAACAGGAACACAGCAUUCGCAGAUCCUGCUGCUGUUGAAUCAGGCAAAGUGGCUGAUGUUGAGUUCUCAAUACUCAGAAGCAAAACAUGUUUUAGAUGUUUGUGGCCAGCUUGUUGUCAAUUAUUCAGGAUGCAGUCGUAAUCGAUUGGUCGCACUCUAUCUUAUCUUUGUAGUAAUCCAUUUACUGGAACUUGGGCAUGUGAAAGAGGCAAGAGUGCCUCUGAAGGAGCUACAGCACCGAGUAAAACUGAUGGUGGAAAAGAAAAAUGCCAGCGGCAUGGGCUCUGAUGCUGUCGUACGUGGAGAAAUGCUUGAUUGGAUUUCUGAUAAACAGUUGUUUGCUUUCGUAUAUUUGAUAUGCAUAUUGCAUUCGCUUAUGGCUGGCUCAAGUGAGAAAGCCAUUUCGUACGCUUCUCGGGCAUUAAGUCUAAUUGAUCAAAACACAAGUGGUGACCCGCUGCUUGUUAGACUAAAGGCGAGCGUGCUGGAGAAUGUGGUUGUGUGUCGACUGAUUCAGGGCCAGUUUUCUACAGCAAUUCAGGAGGUGGAACAAAUUAUUGUCGUAUGUAAUAGUUGUUCCCCUGUGCUGAAAUCCCACCAAUCAACAAUUCAUAGUUUGCUGGGCUUGUACUCGAUGACAUGUGGAAGUAUAGAGUCAACGAAUCACCAGUUCGCGAUGGCACUACAGACAGCCGAUGCUGGACUCCAGAUCUUUGUGUGGCUCAACCAAGCCCUUGUAUCCUUAUCGGCGGGAAACCAUGCUCAGUUUCGUAGUAUUCUGGAAAGUAUUGCUGGCUCGUCGCUUCCCGAAUUAUCAAUAAACCUGAAAACUGCCGUUUGCUUCAUUCGAGGCGUCCACUCUCUUCUCGCAAGCAAACACACUGAAGCAAAGCGUUAUCUCAGGGAAGCACUCUUAUUGGCCAACGAACACGACUUGAACAGACUGACGACGUCGAUACUUCUGUUGCUCGGACAAAUGUUUCUUACGUUUGGCAGUGUGAUGGAGGCCAGCGACAUGAUCUUGCCGGCAUUUCAGCUCGCUUCUAGAAUUCCAGACAUCCAUCUGCAGUUGUGGUCUGCAAGGCAGAUGGCAGGGCUGUACCAUGUUCUUAAUGACGAGCCGAAAAUGAUCGAAGCAAGCAGCAAUCAUGAUCAAUUUAUGCAGACUAUGUUGUCGGAAAAAGCGGCAGCUCAGCAGUCAAAGCACCAUCGACUCAUUCAUUGGGCCGGAGGAUCGGUCGACAACUGUGUGAUUCCUUCCAGUGGUGGCCAGAGUCUUCAUCACAGCCCUCGAAAGAGACCUCAGAGUAAUGAAUACAAUCAAUUUCGGUAUCCAAAGAGAAGCAAGAGUGAUGGACAAGUUGUGCAGCAGCAGCAGCAGCAGCAGCAGCAACAACAACAGCAGCAGCAGCAGCAGCAGCAGCAACAGCAACAGCAGCAACAGCAACAGCAGCAGCAGCAAGGUUUGUUGCGUUCGAGCCAUGCUCGUCAUUAUGUUUCACAAAUGUUGCCCGGUCUGCCUGUUCCUACUGUGACGACGAUGCAGAGCCAGGGAGCUCAACCGAAACAUCAUCACAGUGUGGAGAAUUUGCUUGCUUGCUCGAGUGAGAGCCAAACGACGAUGCAACGUCUAUCGAGACCGCUGACGCAUUAUGGCGAUCCUCAACUGACUCAUUCUCAGGGACACAACGUUGUAUCCACGAGUCGAGUUGAUCCUCACACUCAGACUUCCUAUCUCUAUCAUCCUCCUCUUUCUCACUCGAUGGUUCAAUCGUCUAUGACUGUGCCACAGCAGUAUCAGCUGCUCGGUCAUUCAUAUCAACACAUGAUGCAGCAACCUCUAACAAGACCCGUCUAUAGUCAGUCUGCUGGUGUUCAGGGAGGAGGGAUGCAUGUGGAAUCUCACCAUCCUCACUAUAAUUUCAGGCACAGAUUUAAUUAAUUUGGCAGCGAAAGCAGUAGAGGGAGUCGAAUCAUGAAAUGAUGUGAAUUGAGGCGAUUUGGGUGUAAAUGUGUGAAAGUGAAUAGAGAAAUAGACAGAAUAGAGAAAAUAGCAGUCGAAAUGAUAGUUGCAUCAUCGCAAUUUGUGAUAUCAAUGAUUUAUACAAUUAA